AUGACCAAUACAAUUGUCGAAACAACUAAAACAAAUGGAAAUACAAUUUCUGAUUCUAACAACAAAAUAAAUUCUUUCCCGAAUUUAAAUGAACUUCGAAAUGCAAUCCCAGCAGAGUGUUUUGAAAAAUCUCUAAUUCGUUCACUUUCUUAUUUAAUUUUGGAUUUUUUAAUUAUUUAUGGACUUUAUAUGGUUGUUGGAGUUGUUGAGGGCAAUUUUGGGAUUAUUGGACUUUUGCUUUGGUAUUGGGUAUUAGGUAUGUUUUUAUUCUCUAUAUUCGUUGUUGGUCACGAUUGUGGGCACGGAACUUUUUCUUCCUAUACUUGGGUGAAUGAUUUGUUUGGGCAUGUGGCACAUGCACCUACUAUGGAUAUGAGCCAUCCUUGGAUACCUGAAAAGCUUUAUUUAUCUUUAAAUUGGAUAUCCAAACAUUAUCUCAAAUUUCCGUUGACUGGGUUUGUCAGUUGGAUUCCUUUAUAUACAAUAUUUGGUAUUCCCGAUGGUUCUCAUUUUUGGCCUUGGUCUAAAUUAUUUGAAAAUAAUGUUGAUAGAAUUAAAUGUGUUGUUAGUGUUGCUGCUUGUUUCCUAUGUGCCUAUAUAGCUUUAUAUUGUUCAAAUUAUAAUUUAUGGAUAUUUUUUAAAUAUUAUUAUGUUCCGGUUAUGUUCCAAGUUUUGUGUUUUAUAUCUAUUUUAAUGUGUUUCUGGUUAGUUAUGAUUACUUAUUUACAACACCAUGACGAACAGACUGAAGUUUAUGAAGAAGGAACGUGGGGGUUUGUGAAAGGACAGUUACAGACUGUUGAUAGAUCUUUUGGAUUUGGAAUAGACAAAGCAAUGCAUAACAUAACUGACGGCCAUGUAGCCCACCACCUCUUUUUUACGCGUAUUCCACAUUACAAUUUACCCAAGGCUACUGAAGCAGUUAAAAGAAUAUUAAUGGAAAAAUACCCGGGAACAUAUAAAUAUAAAAAAUCAUAUGACUUUUUACUUGAAUUUUUAUGGUAA